AUGUUUCAAGAAGUAGACGAAUCGUCUCGUCGCGAAAAGUGCUUCACAACCAUCACUCAGCUGCCGGCGUUCAUCAACCCAAAGCAGGUCCCAAGCAAGAGAUCGCCCUUUUCAACGAUUCAAAAUCAUGCAUUUGUACACUCAGUCGAGGUUAUCCUGCCAAAGGAGUUCUACUCACAGAUCAAGCCGUCGCUCGAGACCAAACUGGAAAAACCUCGAUAUGCACGAGUCUUCAUGACUCCUUCGGCUCUGCUUGAGCAUGAAUUCUUCAACACAUACAUCAAGUCAGGGAAUAUUUUGAUGAUCUCCGAAGGACGCUCGGGAUCCGAUAAUGUCUUCACACUCAAAGACGGCGUACUUCGAAUUGAACUAGGAAAGGAGAUAUAUGAGCGAACAGGUCUCACUGGCAAGCCUUUCCGCAGCGGCGGCAGAAAACAUGCAAAAGAAAGAUUCUUGGUAGAAUUGAACUUACGGCUGCCCUCGAUGCUGCAUGGCAAGAAGGGCUUCGAAAGAAUUGUAUGGGCAUUCACCAAUGUUCUGACUCAAUCAAUGGCCUGGCUCUUCCACGACCUGGAAAGCAACCCUGGUCCGGGUGAAGGAAACAAGCCGAUCGACAAGGUUCAACCACAGUUGAUAACCUGCGAGCCACAGGAAAUUGCCCACGAGCAAAUAAUCACUCCGCCCUUUUACGAAAACGGGAAAGUACUCGAGAAUAUGUCGGAAGAUGAUCUGCAGGAAUAUUGUGGCUCCCUAUCCGAAUGGAUUGCCAUGGUUCAGAUGGCUUCUCCGCGGUUGUCUGGGGAAGAUGACGUCGAUCCGUACCUUAGUCGGUAUGCGGCUCCAGACGCAGAGGAAGGCCAGGCCUCUGAUUUGAUGAGCUUAAAAUGGCAUGGUUUGAUAUCCUCCCGUUGGACUAUGCAGCUGUUCCUCAAUAUGUUGCAAAACACCAAGGCCAGCUGGUUUGCACUUGCCGUCGCUACUCUAGGUAAAGAAGCCGUGGAAGGAAGGGACGGAUUCAUGGUUAUGGUUCUUCCUAGUGGACAGUCUAGUGCACAGUCUAGUGAAUCUAGCCAGACGUCUCAGGUGAAGGACGAAGGAACCGUGGGAACUGACCGGGUGACUUUCUGUUGGGAGUUGAUGGGAGCAUCAGUGACCGAGCCCUGA